CUAGAGUUCAAUUCCUCCAGUCAAGCAUCGUUCACGGUCAAUUCUUACAGUAGCUGAGCUAUCACCAAAACUAUCGUAAUGUUAGUCAUGAAGAUAGCUCUAGGAUCUCUCCUGCUUCUCGGCGUUUCCGUGUCGAAUGCAGCUGAAACGGUGUUCAGCGUACACGGUUCCGGCACCACCAACCCGUCCAAGUGUUACUGGGCCGUGAUGGAAAGGAUGAGGGCUCAGUCCAAGCUUCCCAUUCAUUUGACCUACCGCGCUGUCGGGAGCACUACGGGCCAGCUAGAAUUUGUUAACGACCUUCAAAACAGUUCAGUUGCGGAUUUUGGAAGCGGAGACUUGCCGAUGGAUGCCGAUCGUUUCAGCCAACUCAACGACGUUGGCAUCGAAAUGAUUCACCUACCCGUGCUUCUGGGUGCCGUCAGUUUCUUUCAUUCGGUCCCUGGCGUGGAGAAACUGAAUCUAACGUCUUGCCUGUUGGCGCGGAUCUUUUCUCGCGAUAUCACCAGCUGGGAUGAUCCCGAUAUUUUGCUCAAAAAUCCGGCCUUGCAGACGUCUCCCACUGGUUUAGACAUUACAGUGGUUCAUCGUGUGAAAGGAAGCAGCAGUACGGACGGCGUUACCAAUUAUUUGCACGAUGCAUGCGGUGAUAUCUGGCCUGCGGACAAGGUUGGAGCCACCAUUACCUGGGAUGAAGAAACUCUCGGCUGUGAAGGCUCCGGCGGCGUCACAGAAUGUAUCAACGAGAAUGAAGGGGCUAUCGGCUACAUCGAUGCCGGGCACGGCAUUAAUGCGGACUUGUCGGAAAUCGAGCUGGAAAAUCGGGACGGCUUCCUUUUAAGCUCCGAGGAGGCCAAUGCGAAUGGAGGCAUUGCGGCGGCAGAAGGGAAUGUUUUUCCUUUGUCAUUUGAUGAAGAUUUCAGCGAUGUUUCUCUUCUUAACCAGCCUGGCGAAUUCACCUGGCCGAUCGUGCUUGCUACUUAUAUCUACGUUCGUAAGGAGUUGACUUCGAUCGAAGACCCCAACGAGAAGACUUUGCUGAAGGCCUUUUUGAGAGCUCUCUACACGGAGGAGUUCAACGAAGUCUGCGUGGAAGACUUCGGAUUUACACUUCCCACCGAAACAAUUCGCGAGCGUGCACUUUCCGCAAUCGACACUCUUCUGGAGGCGGAUGGCGCCGGAACACCCUGGACUUUUGAACAGGACACAGAAGCUAUUAUUGGUGCCGCGGAUUUUGUGAUCUCCAGCAAGCGUGACUCGAUUUUGGAUAUUCAACUGCAGGAAGUUCGAGGUGACGCAGUUGAGUUGGAAGAAAUGCUCCGUAAGCUCAAUACUGAGCUGGCUACGGCGCGAUCCGAGACUGAAUCUUUGCGCGAGCGCCUCGCGGAGGCAGAGGGCGAGGUAACUCAAGUGAAAGUUGACAUGGUUAGUAGUCAGGCCGAAUAUGGCGGCGGGGAUUUUACGGAAAGCGAUGAACAGCAGCUCAGAGCAGCUUUGGUUUUGAGCUCGUUGAGCUUUGUUUUCUGGAUGGCGUGGUUCGUCAUGCGUGCAUUUGGUUGGAUCACUAAAUCCUGAGGCGGUAAACAGUACUGAGGGUGACUGAAAGGAUUAUACCAUGGUGGCGACACCCGGGACUCUUUCACUGUCGUCAAAAAGAGUAUUGUCUGGUUGUGUAAAAUGAAGCAGCAGAUUUGGCUGAAGGACUUGCAGGGUGACACUUUCCGAUUAAAAGUGCUGCAAUGAUAAAGUUAAACAAAAUGUGAUGCUGUUACUAC